AUGGGGGCGCGGAAGGUGGGUCUGCUGGGUGCGGCGGGCGCGGUUUUGCUCGCAGUUCUCUGUUCCGCGACAGGCGCUUCGACGUUCCUCGGCCCGUCUAGGGCCCGAAGCGCAUUUCGCACUGCGCGCCAGGCAGCACCGGCCAGUGUGGGUAAGCGAAAAGAUGUCCGGGAUGACGAGGACAUGCUCUACUCGGAGGAGGAGGAGUAUGGCGACGAGUUCGACGAGGAGGAGGGUGACUACAUGGAGUUAGAUGGGCCUCCUCCGGAAGUCCUGGAUGGCUGGGAGAAGGAUGAGAUGGCCAUGGCCCUCAUGGCGAACUUCCAGUCGGAGGAGUUUGAGGGCAAGAAGGUGAUGAGUUUCCGCGAUGUGGCUAUGCUCCUGGAAGUGCUAGGCCUGGAGCGAGAGCAGUUCGUCGCCAUCUUCACCGGCCAGGGCGGCAUGGAAGAUGAGUUUGACGACGACUUCCUAGAUGAAGAGGAAGAGAUGAUGCUGAAGGAGCAGUUCGAGCGCGGGUAUGGUGGUGGAGGGCCUGGUGGCGGUGGCGGCAGAGGCCGUGGUGGCGGAGGAGGCGGGGGCGGCCGAGGACGGCAAACUUACGGAGGUGGAGGCCGCGGAGGCGGUGGUGGAGGACGUGGUCGAGGCCGACGACCCUGA